AAGGGGCCCAAUUGUCGCUCGACGCAGUUUGAGAGAAAGUAUGACGUUUCCUUCAAGAGAGGACUGUGUUUACACAGCCUGUUACUGUGAAGAGAAUGUAUGGAAAUUAUGUGAGCAUGCUCAAAGACACCAGCUAAAACACAUCUUUGCUGUCUUCAUUUCCAAUUCUGCAAAAAUGAUUCCCAUUUGGCACCAGAGAGAAAGAAAAGGCCCUGACGAACCAGUUGUGUGGGAUUAUCAUGUGAUUUGUCUGUAUUGCCCAGAGGCAGGUGAGCCCCAGGUCUAUGACCUGGACUCCUUAUUGCCCUUUCCGUGUCCUCUGACAACGUAUCUGCAGAGUUCCAUACAGCAUGAUGCUCUGCUGAAAAUUCAGUACCACAGGAAAUUCCGAGUUGUACCGGCAGAAAUCUUUUUGAAGACCUUUGCCUCGGAUCGCUCUCACAUGAAGACAGUAGAUGGUGGAUGGAUGAAACCCCCGCCUCCGUAUCCCUGUAUAGCAACAGCAGAAUGCACAAUGAACUUGGAUGAUUUCAUCAGCAUGGACGAAACUGUUGGAGUUGGCCAAAUUCAGCAGGUUUCUCUCUUACUGAUGGCAGGUUCAAUUGGAUGCGGCAGGCUCUCGCUACGUGAUGGAUCUCCUCGGGAUUGAGUCGGCUUUGCUGUUUAGUUGGGUUCUCUCAGAUUUAGAAGGCUUUAAUCUCUUUGCUUUGUUCCGCAGGAAAGUUAGAGAACACAAUGUACAUGUAGCAGAAUUUCCAAAGUAUUAUUUGUAUGUAUGAAAUGUAAGUGAACAUGAAUCUGGGUAUUUUAACCCAAACCCUACACAGUACUACGAAUCACUAGUUGUAGUAAAAUGUAGUAUUCAGUCCUGUCGCUUGUAAGAGGACAUGACCUUAUUGUUCUCUGAAGCCAUAAAA